CAGUUGACAUUGUUUUAUGUGGCUUAGGCUGCCUUUGUCUUUUGAGAGUUAAUUUAUAUUAAUACGUAUGUAUUUAAAAUACCACCAAGCCAGCUAUGAUUCUUUAGCCUACAUGUUAAGAAUUCAUGAAGACAAUUGGCAAUAUUUAAAAUCUUUACGUACAUACAGAGGCAGUUUCACUUUUGACUUGCUGUAAAUGUCGUCAUCAUGAUCCUAGCGCCGCCCGACCGACAGCCACAGUACACACACAGACCGUCAAAACGAACCGCUUCAUCGGACAAGGAAUAGUGUGGGGAGUCAUUUCCACGUUUCAUUUCCAGGCGAGUGUGCAACUUGUUUGUUAAAUAGAGUAAAACCAUAACACUGCUAUGUUAGCCUAGUCAAACUUGCGCGAAUGAUGCCAGCUGAUGCAGGCGGUCCUAAAGCCAGCCAUUUUGUGUCGCUCCGAAAUAAAUUAGCAUGGAAGCUAACAGUGGACUAUACGCAAUUUAUCGUCAGGAUUUAUUAACGCCGUGACAUCCAUAUAUCGUCACGGACACGUGCGGCUUGUUAUCUUGUUACGCACUCAAAAAUAUUUCAUUCCCGCCGACUUUCCCUGCCGUCUAAUCGAUGUAAGGAUGGCUUCUCCACAGCCCGCCAGCCCGCCUCCUGAAGAGCAAGACACCCCUCCAGGGCAAGAUGAGGAGGAUGUGGCCAAGAAUCCGCCCGUGAAAAAGCGAGGCAGGGGCCGUCCCCCGAAAUCCAAACUGUCAUUCAAGUGCCCGUCUUGUUCCGAGGCCUUUCGGAGUGUGUCCGCGCUGCGCGGCCACAAGCUCUCGGCACACGCGACGGAGCACGCCUGUGCUCAGUGUGCUAAAACGUUCCCCAGCAAGGCGCAAUUAUCCAAACACGAGAGCACCCACUCGGCCCCGCGGCCCUUCCAGUGCCCCGACUGUCACAAGGCGUACAAGACGCCCACUGAACUGCGCAACCACAGCCGCUCUCACACCGGAGAGAAACCCUUUGUCUGCACCGAGUGCGGCAAGGCCUUCAUGCAGGCGAUCUGCCUGAGGAUCCACAUGACGCAGCACAGCGGCGAGCGCCCUUACUCUUGUCGCCAAUGCUCUAAGAGCUACCCCACCUUGUCCAAGCUCAAGGUGCACAUGCGCUCCCACACGGGAGAGAAGCCGUACUUUUGCGGCGACUGCGGCAAGAGCUUCGCUGACCCGUCCGUGUUCCGUAAGCACAGGAGAAACCACCAGGGCCAUCGCCCGUACGCCUGCAAGGAAUGCGGCAAAACCUACACUGAAGUGAAGGACUUGAAGAACCACGAGCGCUCCCACACUGGGGAGAAACCCUUCCUGUGCUCCGACUGCGGCAAGGCCUUCUCGCGCUCGUCCUCGCUGGUCUGCCACCAGCGCAUCCACUCCCAAAACAAACCAUAUCACUGCGAGCAGUGCGGCAAAGGCUUCACCCAGCUGUCCUCCUACCAGUCUCAUCUGCGCACCCACUCCGGAGAGAAGCCCUUCCUGUGUCCGCAAUGCGGCAAGAUGUUCUCCGACCCGUCCAGUUUCCGCCGGCACCAGCGAGCCCACCUAGGAUUCAAACCCUACCCCUGCGACAAAUGCGCUAAAAGAUUCCGACAGCCGGCGGACUUAGCCGUGCACGAGCGCGUCCACUCCGGAGAGCGGCCUUAUAAAUGUCAGAGCUGCGACAAGGCCUUUGUGGCGUCUUGGGAUCUGCGGCGUCACAUGCUGGUCCACACGGGUCUCCGUCCCUUCUCGUGCACGGAGUGCGACAAGUCGUUCACGGAGCGCUCCAGCCUCAACAAGCACCGCCGCGUGCACUCGGGAGAGCGUCCGUUUAAAUGCGGGGAGUGUUUGAAGUCGUUUGUGGUGUCCUCCAGUCUGCGCAAACACGAGAGGACUCACGCGGCGGAGCAGCAGAGACAAGAACCAGAGGAGCCGGCAGGCUUCAGCAGCCACACCACCCUGCCUCAGUUCUCCUGCACGCACUGCGACGCCACUUUUGGCACAUGGGAUGAAGUCCAAGUGCACGAGAAUCUCCAUGCCAUGGACGCGGGGAAGACGGCGGGCCUGCACACGUGUGCGACCUGCCAGGCGGAGUUCAUGCAACCGGCGGAGCUGCAGGACCACGAGAGGCAGCACCCGAAGCCGAGGCCUCACGUUUGUCCCAGCUGCGGCAAAGGCUUCCUCAACCGGGCCGGCCUGCGCAAACAUCAGAAGAUUCACUCCAGCAGCAAACCUCACAGCUGCUCCCACUGCGGGAAGGCGUUCCUGUUCCCCGCCUACCUGCGCAAGCACUUACGGACUCACCUGGCCACCUCGCACACUGACUUAAACAUCAUCCACACUGAUCCGCUGCCUGCACCCGCGCCGCCCCCUAGUGAACCGCCCCGUACACCUGUGCCGCCCCCUAGUGAGCCUCCACCUAGUGAGCCACCACCUAGUGAGCCACCACCAAGCACUGUGGAGGCCAGCAGCAUCUCCCUGACAGUCCCCGUCCCCAUGUCCACCGCCACUUUUCAGACUCUACCCGAUUACUUAAUCAAAGAAGAAGGACUUUAAAGCUUUUUUUGUUUUUUGUCCAUUCACACAUGUUCAACUAUCAAUGGUCCGUCUUGUAUCUCUGUCGUUAUUUGGUGUUGUUUUAAAAUACACUUUGGGUUAGGGCUGCACGAUUGCUGUAUUUUUCAGACCAUAGGGCGCACCGGAUUAUGAGGCGCACUGCCAAUGAGCGGGUCUAUUUUCAUACAAAAGGCGCAUUAA